ACUGUCAACGAAGUAGCGCCGCAUAAGGAAGUGUUGAGUGAAUUUAUUUCGCGUAUCUCUUGCUACGUUUUGACAGAUUUUGAUUCCUGGUCCAAGCUGAGUGUGUGCGUGAUGGAGAGCGCUGAUCCAGGCCCUGCAGAUGGAGAGGAGCGAAUGGCAGAACUACGGCCGAGGACACGCUCCAAUCCGGAGGGAGCGGAGGACAGACGGAGCAGUAACGGUGGUCUGAACAGUCCUCCACCCUCACAGCCUACUGUGGGAAGUCGAGUGGAGGGAGAAGGAGAAGCAGCCAGCACAGACAGUCCUCCAGGAUCCACAUCCACCAUCACGACUACUAUUUCCGCCCCCAUCGCUGCUGCGGCCACGUCCACAGCAAGCGCCAUGUCGAAUACAGUGCCUGCUUCAAUAGCUCCUGCCAAAGAAAGACCCAAACCGAGCCAGCCCUCGCUGCCAUCGCAGGUUCUUCCAGCUUCAGAGGUCCAGCUGCGAGCACCGAGAGUCAACUGCCCUGAAAAAGUGAUAAUCUGUUUGGAUUUGUCAGAGGAGAUGUCCAUGCAGAAGCUGGAGUCCUUCAACGGAUCCAAGACGAACGCUCUGAAUAUCUCGCAGAAGAUGAUUGAAAUGUUUGUGAGAACAAAGCACAAGAUAGACAAGAGGCACGAAUUCGCCUUGGUGGUGGUUAAUGAUGACGCCUUGUGGUUAUCAGGUUUCACCUCUGACCCACGAGAGCUGUGUAGCUGUUUGUAUGAUCUCGAGACGAACGUCUGUGAAUCUUUCAACCUGGAGGAUCUUCUCAACGUCAUUCUCCAGAAGAUUGAGCUUCCACUGAUGGACAACGUGCAGACGAUCCCACCGCCCUUUGUGGUCCGUACUCUCCUCAUUUAUAGUCGGCACGCAGGACAAUUGCAGUUUAACCCUUCAGAUGCUGUCAAUAAAAUGCUACGCUCUCCAUACUUCUUUUUUGAUGUCAUUUACCUUCACAAUGGCACCGAUGAGCAAAUGGAUGACAACACCUGGAGGGACACGUAUGAAUCUUUCUCGAAGCUGGAUUCUAAGGGAAUGUGCUACCGGUUUGAAGUGUCACUGUGCGGACCAGCCAUCGAGCUGCAUAACUGCAUGGCUAAGCUGCUGUGUCACCCGCUGCAGAGACCCUUCCAGAGCCAUGCCUCCUACAGCCUGCUAGAGGGCGACGAGCCGCCAGAGAUCGAGGCCACGGUGUAAAGCGCCGCUCACGAACCUUGGCUUGUGGAAAUCACACUGCAGAGCUCAGUUCCAGUACUGCUGUAACACCGCUUCAUUUGAAUAACCAGUCUUCAUGAGGAGAUGUAUUUGUGUUAGGACUGGCUGACAAAGCAUUUUCCCCCAAGAUCGUCUUUUGAUAAUGGACACUUUAUGUGCUGGGGGAAUAAAAAAGAGAGCAUGUGGACUGCUGUGAAUUAUUUUUUUGAGUUUGAGACAUUGAGGGGAAAGAGCUUGGCUUUUUUCCACCAACUGGUUCAGUUUAAAAUUUUUCAGCAUCUGCUCAUUUUUAUGCCUCUCAUCUUCUGUAUUUUAAUUGUAUGUGCACUUAAUGUAGCCACCAUAUAUUAUUUUAAAAUAUUAUUUUUUUCUUUUUACAAAAACAGAAACACAUGAACCCUUAAGAUAAGUUUGGGGAAAUCCGAAUUGGAAGCCCUGGUUUCAUUUUCAAAAGCUGUGAUGACUAAAAUAUGUAAAGACGAUUGUUGUUCUGUUGCAUAACAAUUAAUAAAAAGAAAAGGCCAUGGCACA